CUACAUAAACCUAACUUGUUAAUCAAACUCUCAUCUGGUGACUGCGACAAUGGGAGCUGUUUGGGCCUUUUCCAGUUUUGUGCUGGCUCUUGUGCUAGCCAAAGGCACUUGUUUACCAAUUGGUGAAGCAAGCCAAAGACAUGAUGACGAACUGCAGAGGAGACAAAAUGACCUGUCUGCCAAUGAUAUUUCUAUGCAGAAGGCCCUUCAAUUUCUCCAGUCAAUGGAGCCCAUGUUGGAUCAGAAAGCUAAAGAAGUUCAACUGGACACCAAUGAAGUGGAAGCUGAAGCAUUGGUAAGCCAUGUGAAGAUUGUACAACAGAACCUUCCCCAUGCACAGAACCAGACGGCAAGCGACCAUGUUACAGCCUGCAACAAAGUUCCCCACCCACAGAACGCAUCGGCCAUGGAGGACCUGUCCCACCCACAGAACGCGUCGGCCAUGCAGGACCUGUCCCACCCACAGAACGUGUCGGCCAUGCAGGACCUGUCCCACCCACAGAACGCGUCGGCCAUGGAGGACCUGUCCCACCCACAGAACGCGUCGGCCAUGCAGGACCUGUCCCACCCACAGAACGCGUCGGCCAUGGAGGACCUGUCCCACCCACAGAACGCGUCGGCCAUGCAGGACCUGUCCCACCCACAGAACGCGUCUGCCAUGCAGGACCUGUCCCACCCACAGAACGCGUCUGCCAUGCAGGACCUGUCCCACCCACAGAACGCGUCUGCCAUGCAGGACCUGUCCCACCCACAGAACGCGUCGGCCAUGGAGGACCUGUCCCACCCACAGAACGCGUCGGCCAUGGAGGACCUGUCCCACCCACAGAACGCGUCUGCCAUGCAGGACCUGUCCCACCCACAGAACGCGUCUGCCAUGCAGGACCUGUCCCACCCACAGAACGCGUCUGCCAUGCAGGACCUGUCCCACCCACAGAACGCGUCUGCCAUGCAGGACCUGUCCCACCCACAGAACAACGCGUCUGCCAUGCAGGACCUGUCCCACCCACAGAACGCGUCUGCCAUGCAGGACCUGUCCCACCCACAGAACGCGUCUGCCAUGCAGGACCUGUCCCACCCACAGAACGCGUCUGCCAUGCAGGACCUGUCCCACCCACAGAACGCGUCUGCCAUGCAGGACCUGUCCCACCCACAGAACGCGUCUGCCAUGCAGGACCUGUCCCACCCACAGAACGCGUCUGCCAUGCAGGACCUGUCCCACCCACAGAACGCCCAAUGA